AUGAAAAUUAUAUUCUAAAUUAUUUAAAAUUAUAAUAUAUAAGAAAUACCUACUAUUAUAAUAUCUACUCCUUAAUAAAAGUAUUUAUUUAAUGUCCCUGAAAAAUUCUAACGUUUUCUCAAAUAAAAUAACAUAAAACUAACACAAAGAUAAAACAUAUUCCUUACUAGGUUAAAAACAUAGACAAUAUCAGGUCUUUUGGGUCUUUUAUUGACUAUUUUUGAGACCAAGUCCGCCUUUGAUUGCAAAAUAUAUGGUCCAAACAAUACAGUAAAUUUUUUCAAUAAUAUCAGAUUUUAGAUGGGAUUUAAGAUUCUUCCUUAUAGUUUUUAUGAUUUUUAAUAAAAAAGAUGCUUAUAUGGUUUUAGAAAGAAUUAGACUAUAAACGAGUUAAUAAAAAGGGAGGAUUAUAUGACUAUUUUUUAUAAAAUGAACGAGUUUAUAGAAUAAAAUUUUAAGGAAAAAAACUAGAUUGAAACUGAAAUAAAUAAUGCUUAAAAUUCGAUUAAUAAUGAAGGUUUUUUCUAAGAUGAAAAUUUAAAGAUUUUACCAGUUUUUUUAAAGGAAAAUAUAAUUUCUUAUAUAGUUAUUAGUAACAAAGUUGCCUAAAAAUUAAAUAAUGAAAAAUUAAAGGAAUUUUAAAUUAAAGGAAGCAAUGUAAAAGUACUUAUGAAUGAAGGAUUUAUUGUAAAUUAAUAGGGAAGGACUGUUUUUUUAAAUGAAGUUUAAGAAGAAUAGAUACCUUAGUAAGUUUUAUUUAUAAUAGACUGCUUAUAUGAACAAAAUAUACAAUAAAUUAUUAAUAAUGAGAUUUUUAUUUAGUUUUUUGAGAAAAAUAUUAAUAAAAAAUCAUAUAAUGUAGCCUGUAUUUUACACUUAAGUCCUUUUAAUAUUGUUUAAAAUUAAAAUUAUUAAGAUUUCUUUGCUCAAUUUGGAGAUUAGUGCUAACAUAUAUUUACUUAAGAAGAAUUCAAAGAAAAUUUAAUUAGUGAAGAUCUGGAAGCUAUUUCUAAUAAUUUUAAACAUUUUAAAUUUAUUUAAAAUCUUCAUUCUUAUUUUCCUGAGCAUUUUCCAAAUUUAAAAGAUAAAUAAAAUCCUUUUAAUGAAGUUAAAUUAUAUAUAUAUAUAUAUAUAUAUAUAUAUAUAUAUAUAUAUAUAUAUAUAUUUAAAUAUAUUAAUAUUUCAUUUAGAAUUAAAUAGAUUUAAAUAAAUAUCCAAAAUUUACAAAAAAUCGACUUUUCUAUUUAUAAUCCGGAACUAGUUUUUCUAGGCACAGGUUCUAUGGUCCCUAAUAACUAUAGAAAUGUAAGUUCUAUAUAUAUAAGGAAUCCAAAAAAUAAUACAGGGAUAAUACUAGAUUGUGGUGAGGGGACUUAUUAUUAGCUUUUGAAUUAAUACGGAAAGGAUUUUUUAUAAAAUGAAGUUUUGGGCAAUUUAAGGGUUGUUUUUAUUACUCAUAUACAUUCUGAUCAUCAUUUAGGGUUACUUAAUUUAUUAGUUUAGAGGAAAAAAUGGUCUAAAAAGGAUUUAUUUUUAAUUGUACCGUAUAAUAUGGCGGCUUGGAUACAUAAUUAUAUAUAAUAUAUAGACGAUUUAGACUGUAAAAUUAUUUUUAAUUAACAAAUUUCCGAUGAUAGUGAUUUUGAUAAAAAUAUUAAAUAAUAAAUAAAUUAAGGGACUAUGAAAAAUAUAAAAGAAUUUAAAGCGGUAAAAGUGGAUCAUUGUCCUUAAUCUUAUGGAGUAAUACUCUAACAUUAAAAUAAUGUGAAAAUCUGCUAUUCAGGUGAUUGUAGACCUUCGGAGAAAUUCAUAAAAGCAUCAAAUGAGGCAACUAUAUUUAUACAUGAAGCUACUUUUAAUGAUGAUUUACAAGAAUAGGCUAAAGCGAAAAAGCACUCGACUAUUAAAGAAGCUACUUUAAGUGCAAUUAAAAGUAAGGCCUGGAGGUUAGUCUUGACCCAUUUUUCUUAAAGAUAUUCCAAAUAGGUUGUAGGGGGUAUUGAGAAGGGGGAAAAUGAUGAUUAUUCUAUUUAUUUAUAAAAUAAUACUGUUUUCGCAUUUGAUCAUUUAUAUGGAUUAUGUAGUUAGUUUGAAAAUUUGACAUAUAAAAGUUUAAUUAGUUAAGAAUUAUUCAUGUAAAAUAAUGAGGAACAAUAAGGGUAAAAUGAAUAGUGA